AUGGAUCAAUUCGAUGAAAAGGUUCUUGAUUUUCGAGUUUAGAAAUCAUUAUUUUCUGUAUUUUUGCAGAUGGACACAUCUCAAAAUUCAAAUGAAGAUCCAAAUUCAAAUCUUUCCGAAUAUUUUCUGAAUCAUCCAUGUGCUACGAAUAAAGGUACUUAUUUUGAAAAAUUAAUUAAAAAUUUUGAUUUAAAUAAAAAAAAACAAUUUCCAGCCUAUGAAUUUCGAGAAGACGAGAAAGAUGAUGAACAGAUCAAAACAAAUGAAGAAAUUGAAAUAAAAGAAGAAGAAAAACCAGUAGCAUUUAUUCGUCCAUCUUUGCGAGAUGAUGCACCACUUGCUGGAAUACUUCAUCCUUCUCUUGACAAUCUCGAUCCACGAAUAUUUUUCUCAGAUUUUCAACCAAAUAAAACUCUUCGAUUUUCUCGAUUAUUUGCAUCAAAUAUCAAACCUUCAUCAAAAGCUGAAAUAUGGUGGCCAAGUAAGACAUUUCAUAGAAAAUUACCGAAAGAUAAACAGAAAAUUGGACCAAGUGCUCCAAAAAGAUGUAAACUGAAUAUUGUUGAUAAAGCUGAUGAUGAAAUGUUGAAAAUUGAUCAAGAACCAUUAAUGAUUCGAUCAUCAGAAAUUGAAGAUACGAAAAAAGAAGAAAAUAAUGAAAUAGUUGCACCUUGGAGAGUUGGACCAGCAAAAGUUUGGUAUGAUAUGAUGAAUGUUCCAUCAACAUCAACAAGUGUCAAUUAUGGAUUUCGAGUGAAAAAAGAUGAACCAAUAAGAAAACCGAUUCGAAAAACAAAAGAUGUUGGAAAUUCGAUUGAUGAAGCAUCAACUUCAACAAAAUCAUCAGGAAUUUCAAAUCGAGUUGAAACAUUUGAUAAAGGAUGUGGAACAAAUGAAGAUAUUAUAAUGCCACAUCAAGUUAUUGAAUGGGAAAAAGAUGUGAUUAUAAAUGGAGAGAAAAAGAGAAUGGAAAUAUUGAAUGAUUUAGCUGAAGAUCGAGUAUUUUCUUAUGGUUGGAUUCCGACGAAUUUAACAAGAUCUUAUGAACAAUUUGUACUUUCUGUUCAAAAUGGAUCACUUGAAAGAGUUUUUGAUACAAGAGAUGGAAUGCAAGGAUAUUCAUCUCCACUUCUUGAAAGUAUGUUUUUUUUAUUUAGUUUAAGGUGGCGAGAGAAUACAAACUAUUUAAUUAAAAAAUUAGGGCGCUUUUUGAUAUAAGUUCAUUUUUCUCUUUCUCAUCUUACACCCACUUGAAUUAAACUUAUCUCCAAAAAUAUUGUUUUUCCAGAUAAAAUUCUUCCAACUCCUUCUAUGUCAAUUUUUCCAUCAGCUCCAUCAGAUUUAGAUUUGUAUAAUUGGGAAGAUCAAAUUAUUUGGGAUGCAGAUUCGAUGCCAGAAAAUCCAGGUAUCACAUUUUUUUUAAAUUUUUGAAUUCAUCCUUUUCAAUCAUUUUCAGAACCUAUAAUGUUGAUGGUUGAUUUUGCUGAUGAUCCUUUGAUUUAUGGUUUACCGGAAGAUCGAAAAGCGGAAGAUGAAAAAAUAACAUCAUCGGAAAGAAAAGAGAAUCAGUAUACGAAAAAGUCGAAAAUGAUUUUAGGACAAGUUCAACAAAGACAAAAACAAGAAGAAGAUGAACAAAUGGAAAGUUCGAUGGCACAAUUCACUGAUAAUGAUCCAUUUAAUCUGAGCAAUGAUGAUUAUUAUAUUCCGAAAGGAAAUUCAAAAACAUCAUCAAGUAAUUCAUUACUUAUUCAACAUUCUACACCAGCUCAAAAUAUUCAUCGAGCAUUUUUCCCAACUUAUAUGACAAAUCAUGAACUUCGACAUUGGCAUCGGCCGUGUUUAACACGACGAGUUAUGAAAUUAUUUGCACCAAAUCGUUUUCAAAUUGUUCAAACAACAACGAGACAUCAACAGAAAAUGGGUGAAAUUCGAGAAAAAAUGAAAGCGACAGAAGGCGGUGGCGAUAUAUUUUUCAUGCGAGAUGUUAAUGAUUUAACUGGGCUCGAUGGGGAUUUAAUUCUAAUCGAAUAUAGUGAAGAACAUCCUGUUGUUUUAUCUCAACCUGGAAUGUCUGGAAAAUUGAAGAAUUAUUAUAAACGAAAACCUGGUAAUGAAGUUGUUGAACCAACAUUUGAAUUGGGAGAAAUGGCAUUUGGCCAAUUACCACCAACAUUUCUUGGACAACUUAAACCUGGACAAUCAUUACAAAGUGUCGAAAAUAAUAUGUAUCAAGCUCCAAUUUAUCGACAUCGUUCCAAAAACACUGAUUUUUUGUUGAUUCGAAAUCGAAAUAGGUUUGUUCGUUUUUCUAUUUUGAAAAUUGUUUCGAUUACUGUAUUUAUUGCAGUUGGUUCAUUCGAAAAUGUCCUCCUUUAUUUGUUGCUGGUCAACAAUGUCCAGCUGUUGAAGUUCCAUCGCCAAAUUCGAAAAGAGCAACUGCAUUUAUUCGAGAUUUUUUGUUCGCCUAUAUUUAUCGACUUUUUUGGGCCAGUGAACAUCAACCAAGAAGGCUUCGAAUGGAAGAUAUCAAGGUUUGAAUGUUUUAUUUUUGAUACAAAAGGGGGAUUUUUUUUUUGAAAGAGCCCAGGGGUUUUUGUUAUAGGUUUUGGAGGGAUAUGAAAUUAGGAAAUCCAGAAAGAUUUCGUGGCAUCGAUUAUCUGACAUAUCUUCAAAAUAAAUUAUACUUUAAAAAUAUUUUCGCCAACUUGUUGGUAUUUAAUAAAUAGGAUUUUUCAACAAAAAAAGUACCAGUCAGAAUUUUCAAAUAUUCUUUUGCAGAAUGCAUUUCCGCAAUAUGUUGAAAGUAAUAUUCGAAAACGUCUAAAACAAUGUUCAACAUUUACUCGAUCCGGACAAGAUGCUUUUUGGCUUCUCAAACCUGAAUUUCGAUUACCAACAAAAGAAGAAGUUCUUUCAAUGAUAACACCCGAAAUGUGUUGUGUUCAAUAUAGUAUGAUGGCUGCAGAACAACGAUUGAAAGAUGCUGGAUAUGGUGAAAAAUAUUUUUUCACACCCGAAAAUGAUGAUGCAUCAGAAGAUGAAGUGACGAUUGAAGAUGAGGUAAAUUAUUGCGUUUUUACGAGAGUUUUUAAAAUUAAUACAUAUUUUUGCAGAUAAAAUGUGCUCCUUGGAAUACAACUCGCGCAUUUCUUGCAUCAAAAGAUAACAAAUGUUUAUUGGAUCAAACUGGAAUUGCAGAUCCAACUGGGUGUGGACAAGGUUUUUCAUAUGUUCGAGUAUCUCAAAAACCACACAAAGAAGAUAUUCCGGCAAUGCCGAAAAAGUUGGUAACUGGAACAAAUGCGGAUUUGAGAAAAUUACCAUUGAAAGAAGCCAAAGAAAUUUGCCGCGGUUAUGGUGUUAAAGAAGAAGAGGUUGGUAUAAUUAAUUAGAUUAUUGAAUGGCUUGUUUGUUUUUUUGUAGAUCAACGCAUUGACCCGAUGGGAAAUCAUUGAUGUUAUUCGCACACUUUCAACUCAAGCAGCAAAAGCAACAAAAGAAGGAGAAAGUAAAUAGUUUAUAAAUAAUCAAUGAUUUAUCAUUAAUUAUUUAUUGAUUUCAGCGGUUUCUGGAAUGGCACGAUUUGCACGUGGAAAUACACGAUUCUCAUCGGCAGAUAUGCAAGAAAAGUAUCGAAAACAUUGUCAACGAAUUUUUGAUCUACAAAAUCAGUUAGUUUUUAUUCUUCGAGUUUUGAAAGAAAAUAACGGUUUGAAGAAAUUUUUCCAACAAAACUAAUUUCAGUAUAUUGUCAAAAGUUUAAUUUUCAAUAUUCAUAAUAGGUCGCCUUGAGAUCAAAAUUAAUUCAAUUUUUAAAGUUGAACGUUCAAAAAAGCUGAUAGAUAAAACACAAUUUCAGAACUCUUGCGAAUCCAGAAGCAUUAUCAACCGAUGAUGACAGUUCAGAUGUUGAUUCGGAUAAUGAAGAAUUAGCAAGAAGAUUGGAAAAUAUGUUGAAAUCAAAUAAAGGAAAGAAACAUAUAUCAAUGUCUGAAAAAGCACAAAUGGAAUAUGAAAGUGAAGAAAAAGAAAGAGAAGAUUUGAAAAGAAUGAUGACACAUGGAGAUACAAUUAAAAAGAAUAUAUCUGCUAAUAAAAAAGAAGCGACUGCUGAAGAAAAACAAAGUUAGUUUUAUUUUUGUUGAAAUUAGAAUUUCAUGAGAAUAUUUGUAGAUGCUUCGAAGUUUGGAGAGGAUGUGGCAAUGUCGGCAUCGAAAUUGAGUGGAGUUACUGCAAAUCAAAAAUUGAAGAUUUAUCGAACAACUCGGCAUGAAGAUGGAACUGAAACGGUAUGAAAAUAUUGCAUUUUUUUGAAUUUUAAUGUGUUAUUUAUGUAUUUUGUAGACUCGUGUUGAAGUUGUUACACGACCACAAUUGAUUGAAGCAUAUACUCGAAUUCGAAUGACAAGAGAUGAUACUUUUAUACAAGUUUAUGCACAAAUGGAUGAACAAUAUAAAGAAGAAAAACGAAAAAAGAAACGAAGAUUACAAGAUCAAUUGAGAAGAAUUAAAAAGAAUGACGAAAGACAAAUGACAAAACCAGUGAAAGAAAAACAACCAGCAGUUGAGAAAAAACCAAUUGUUAUCAAACCAAAUUUGCAAAAAAUGCGAUGCAGUGCUUGUCAAGCUUUUGGACACAUGAAAACUAAUAAAAAUUGUCCAUUAUAUGGAAAAGAUCCAUUGCCACCAAUAAAAGAAGAAGAUGGUGAACAAAUUCAUACACCAAUAAUUGAUAUGGGAGAAGUUAUGACAUUGGAAGGCACUAAAUUGACAAUCAAUAAAAAAGCAUUGAUGUUAAGUUUGAUGCCUCAACAAUCGACUCCAAAUACUCCGAUUUCGAGAAAACCAAAAUCAUCGGUUUCAAGAUUGGAUUCAUUGAAUACUGAUGAAGCUGCUUCUAUUUCUUCAAUUUCAAGAUUUGAUAAAGAUGAUGAAGAUAUAUCUGAAUCUUCAAUCUCAAUGACAACUCCAGCACAUAUUCGAGGAGCAGCAAGAACAUCUUCAGUUAGUAGUUCGAAACGUCGAACAUCAGUUAUGCCAGAAGAAGAUUAUUUACAUGGACCAGUUAAAAGUGUUCAUAGACUUCGUGCUGAUCCAAAAGUAACAAUGAGUACACUUUUAACUGAAAUUGUAAAUGAACUUAAAACAAUACCUGGUGCAGAUCAUCAUUUGAUGCCUGUGAAUGCUAAAAAAGUACCUGAUUAUUAUUUGAUUAUUAAAAACCCAAUGGAUUUGCAAAAAAUCAAGAAUAAAAUUAGUGAUCAAUCUUAUGAAUUACGAAUGGAUUUUUUGGGUGAUGUUAAACAAAUGUUGGAUAAUUCAAGAUUAUAUAAUGGUGAUAAUCAUAUUAUUACAGUAACUGCACAACAGGUUUGUUCAAAUUUAUUCUGACAAAUUCAAAUUUGAAUUAUUUAGAUGUUGGAAUUGGCUGGUAAACGAAUGGUUGAAAGAGAAGAUAAAUUCAUUGCAUUGGAAAAACAAAUAAAUCCACUUCUUGAUGAUAAUGAUCGUGUUGGAUUCUCGCAUUUACUUUGUGAAAUUGUUCAAAAAUGCAAAAAUAUUCCGAAAUCUGUUGUUUUUCAUACAAAAGUUGAUCAAAAGAAAAUGCCGCUUUAUUAUAUGAAAGUUUUGAGACCAAUGGAUUUGGGAACAAUUGAGAAUAAUGCAAAACAACGAAUGUAUACAACUGUUAAACAAUUCAGAGAUGAUAUGGAACAAAUUUAUCGAAAUUCAGGUAUCUCUCUUUUUUUCUGGUUACGUAGCAAUUAUAAUCUGUGAGCUUUGAAAUUUCACACUUGAAUGAUUUGCACCUUUUUGGAAUAAAAAAACUAUUGUAAACUUCCGAGUUUUUAUUUAUUUAUUUAUUCACAAGUAGGUCAAAAAAUAUUUGGAUCUAAUAAUACGAUAAAAUGACUUAUCUAUAAGGGUCCUUUAGAAUAACAAGGACUUCAGAACAUUAAAAUUUUCUAGAACAUCAUUAUCUUGUGAAGAGGUGAUAAUUUGUUGUUUCAAACCGGAAAUCUUGAAACGUCAUUAAUUGGAAUAAAAACAGAAUAAUUAGAAAAUUGGAACAACAGUUGAUCAAACAUUUUGUCAAGUUGCGAAAUAAUUUGGGGUUCCUAAAAGUUCUGGGACCAUUUUCUUGAUAUACACAUUUUCAGAAUCAUUUAAUGGACCAGUUGAACGUAAUGCAUAUACAGCAAAAGCUUUCGAAAUUUAUGAACUUGCACAGCAAUUAAUAAAUGAAAAAGCGGAACAAUUAAAUGAACUCGAAAUGAAUAUAAAUCAAGGUUUGGCAAUUUCUGAAGAUUAUGAUGAUAGUAGUGUUAUGGAUGAAUUGAAAGAAGAAAUAUCGAUUAAUAUGGAUAAUUCGGAUGUUGGAGAAAGUAGUAAAGUAUAUGUUGAUGAAUCACAAGAAGAAACUGAUGUUGAACCAACUGAAGGUUUUUUUCGUUUUUAUUUUUUAUUUUAAUUUUAAAUUCCACAUUUUUAAGAUCUUGAUGAAAGUAAUGAUACUGAAAUGCAACCAAUGAAUGAAGAUGAUGAAGGUAAAUUUGCAUUUUUUCUUUUACAAAAAACAUAGAUUUUUUAGAUUCGAUGAUGUGGGAAGACGGUAUGAAUAUGGCUGGACAGGUGAGCAUGUUUUUUUUGAACACCUGGGUUUCUUAGUCAUGUUUUUUUUUGGAAAGCCCAUUUUCUGACAAAAAAGGUUAUUGUAUCUGUUUGGACUUUGUUCAAGUUUUAUGUCACCCUAACAAAAUUUUAUGACGUGCGACACCAUAAAAUCUCAUUUUGUUGCAAUUCAGAUUAAUUGAAAACGUUUUUUUUUGUAAAAGUACAAAGUUUAUUUGGUUUCAGGUUAUAAAUGAUUUGGCAUUGUCGGAUUCAGAUGAAGAUGAAAGACUUGAUGAAAUACGUCGAGCAAAUCAUGAAGAUGAUAAUAAAUUAGACUCGUUUUGA